AUGUUGGUGCUCCUGGCUCUCCUGCCGCUCACCAACGCUGAACAUCGUCACGGACCUACUCACUUUCCUCACAAAAGCUCCUCAAAUAGUCGGGCCGACGUCAACCCUCACCAGUCGUCUUUGACUUCAUGUCUUUCGAGGAUCCGACUUGCCGCCACUUUUGAUCCUAAAAUCGCUUCAGAAAUCAGCCGUGCUGUGGACUCCCUACGCAUCGACCGUCUACGGAGCUUUGUUUGCGAGAAGGUUACAAAUACUGUCUAGAAUAUUGUAGCGGCUCUUGCUUAAAUGAACUUGAAAAAUAUCACACCGUUCAUGCUUGAAAACUGAUUUAAAUCUUUCUUCAAAACACGUUUCAUAGUAUAUACGAUCGCUUCUCCCUGUGCAAAGCGUAAGCGAAGCUGCUAAGUUAUUUUUUCAGGCUGCUUAUUUCUGCAAGACUGAUGAACAGCAUAUGAUAGGAGGUGUCUUCAACGACUAUAACGACACGAUUAAGAUCAUCGAGAGAGGUGACCUUUUUCGAAUAGCUUCCGCUGAUACUAUGAAACUGUUAUACUUUAUUUCAGUCCGAAGCAGCUUCACUAAUAUAGAAAAGGAUCAACUAAAUGUGAUGGAAAAUCUUAACGAUACUGCCGCACAACAAACGUUCUUUAUAUACAAAUUUAAUGUUGUGGAGAACAAAAAGCCAAAAAAAAGUCAAGGUUCAGCAGUUACCACCACACGAGCUGACGCGCCUUAAGGCUUCUGCGUCGUCCUUGCUUGAAACGCUCUCUGCAGGACAGCCCGACAUGGUGCUCAGCCGCGCAAUGAGCGUCUUUCAGCCACAUGAUCUCUUGACACUUCAGGCAAGUAAAUCAUGCAAGACAAAUGAGUUUCGAAAUUUUAAUUCAUUAUAAUCUCGAGGAUAUUUGGAGAGCCAAGAACUCACUCCGUGAUUUCCUUUAUAACUAAGUCUUCUAUUAACGUUAUGUCUUAAAAAAAUACAAUAACUGAUAAUUAACGAAGUUAUGAAAAAAACAAAAAGAAUUUUUUUGAAAAAUUUAGUUCAUAUAAGCGAAAAAUGCUGGCUGUAAUUCAUUCAUUUUCAGCUAAGCUAGACUCUAAUAAAAUACUAGAUAUCCCAGAGACUUUCAAGUAACUGUUAACAUAAAUUUCGACUUAUUAUUUCUUUCUUGAAGGCGUUACCACCGGCGGAACGAGAUGA